AUGGAUAAAGAUUUUUCAAGGCUUCGGAUUUUUAUUCUUGCAGUUGUCUCUAAUUUUUGCCGGUUGUGGGCUUCAUCAGAUGAUUUAUCAGGUUGCCCGCUGAACUUCACUGCAUAUCCAUUUUUACCUUCAGGAGAAUGCAUCAGAGAUCCAGCAGUGAGCAUAAACCUGUGGGAUAGUUUUCAUGCAACAACAUGUUGUAAAGUUGGUCUGACAACAAUAUCCCAAGCCCUGGCCUUGAACGCCAACAUGACAGAUUCUAUCUUCCUAACUCAAAAGCAAUGGCAAAACUGUUCAUCCGAUAGUUCUUUAUUCGAGAGACAACAAUCAGUUUCGAUCACCACUUGUGGUUUUGAUAAACUCUUUUAUGGAAGCAGUGGUUGUUCAAGUUUUUCUUACUCAACCUUCAAAAAGACUCAUCCCCGACUAUAUGAAAAUUUAAUAGGCAAUUGUACUAGUCAGUUCAGUACCUCAUUCAAUAACACUUGCAAGGAUUGUACAAAAGCCAUUACAGAUACAAGAGAUGAACUAAUGUCCCUAACAGAUGUGGAUGAUAAAAAGAACGUUACUGCGAAAGAGAUUUGUGUGUUCCUGGUGGUUGUUGCUGCUGCAGUUGAACAUAUUGGCGAUUUUUCUUGGAUCAAUGAUUUCUAUAGUUGUUUGCUUGCUUUGGAUAGUGCAGAUGAAGGUUACUCCGGCCUCAAGUAUUCUACAGCUCAGGCAAUAUUAGCAAUACUUAUAGCAGCAAUGGCAUUGGUUUUGAUUAUUGUAGUUAUCAAGUAUGUGACAAGGAGGAGGGUUCCCAGACCUGUUAAAGGGAAAGAAAUGGCUGCAUGGUCUGGUUUGUAUAGAUUCUCCAAGCACGAAAUACUGAAUGCCAUAAACUUCAGCAGCCAUAAAGUGUGCCUAGGCACUGGGAGUGCCGGCCGAGUCUACAAGGCUGUUCUUCCUAGUGGACAAAUAGUUGCAAUAAAACACAUAUACAAGAGCAAUACCUCUGAUACAUUCACAAGGGAAGUGGAAGGUUUAUCAAGAAUUCGGCAUCCUAAUCUUGUCUGUCUCUUUGGAUGCUGCGAAGAAGAUGGGGAGCAGUAUCUGGUUUAUGAAUUUUGUUCUAAUGGCAAUCUUGCUCAACAUCUCCUAAGAAGGAUUACUGAUCUUACAUGGGAUAGAAGAGUAAAGAUUUUGAGAGACUGCGCGAUUGCAUUGAAGUUCCUCCACAACAACCCUUACGGCUGUACUGUGCACAGAGAUAUCAAGCUUACAAACAUCCUUCUGACAGACACAAUGGAUCCAAAGCUUUCUGAUUUUGGCUUAGCAAGGAUGCUUGGGAUGGAAGAAAGCAAAGUUUUCACUGAUGUUAGAGGAACCUUAGGCUAUAUGGACCCUGAGUAUAUGAGCAAUGCUAAACUCACUUCAGCUAGUGAUGUUUAUAGUUUUGGUAUUGUGAUCCUACAAAUUUUGUCAGGAAGAAAAGUUAUCGAGUUAGAUAUCGAUGCACGGGAUCAACUGACUAGAAAGGCAAAAGAUGUCAUAAUGGCGAAGCGACCCGCAACUGAAUUUGAAGAUCCACGCUUGAAAGGAGACUUAGAUGCGAAAGAUUUCAGGUCCAUUCUACAUAUUGCAGUUCUUUGUGUUGCUAAUAAAAGCAAUGGUCGUCCUACAAUUGACAAUAUUUUACAAGAAAUCGAUGACGCUUGGAAGAACACACAAACUUUUAAGAACUUGAAGAACGAGAAAAACCAUUCAUUAGUACUAUCCCAAAACACUGCGAAUUCAUCUGAGGUUUUUUCAUUAUAG